AUGCCGGAUGUUCCACGGAGGCCGGCCAUCUUCGCCUACGAGGUGCCGGCCUGUGCUCGGGAUGUGGCAUACCUGCACCACUUGCCUGCGCCGGAGCAGUUGCACCUCACGGGCAUGCUGCAGCAGAUCACAGCCAUCGAGGAGCACUUGAAGCAACAUCACCUCGUUGAGCAGCCUGAGGACGGGAGCUGGGGACAGGAGCACGGGCAGUUCGUUUGCUCCCUCCUGCUCUUUGACCCAUGA